AUGAUUAUGAUCUGUAGAAGACAUUUGAAGUUUAUAGGUCCAGGACUAAUUACUUGUACAAAUUUUUUGGAUCCAGGAAAUUGGGCAACAGAUUUAAAUGCAGGUCAAUUAAAUUAUAAAUUUCAACAUUUGUUUAUAAUCUUUAUAUCAAUUUUAAUUGCAGCUUUCCUUCAAAUCUUAAGUUCAAGAUUAGGCUGUAUUACAGGUAAAGAUUUAGGUCAACAUUGUAAAGAAAUGUGUGAUUUGAAAACUUCACGUAAGGUGAUUUGGAGAUGGACAUUUCUAUACCCAACCUGGCUUUUGGCCGAAUUAAGUGUACUAUUUUCAGAUAUAGGAGAGUUGAUUGGUUCAGCAAUAGCCUAUAAUCUGAUUUUUCCAAAAUUACCAACUUGGAGUUGUGUAAUGCUGAGUUUUCUUGAUACAAUCUUAGUAUUGAUUUUCAUGAGAGGAGAAGGAACUUGCAAAGCCAUGAAAUUCUUCGAAAUUGGUAUAUCAAUAUUAGUUUUCAUUAUAGUGAUCUCUUCACUUGUUUUGCUUGUUCAAGUUAAACCAAAAUGGACAUUAGCCUUUCAAGGAUUUAUUCCGAGUUCAAAUUUAUUUAAAAGUAAUAGUCUUUAUACUACAAUAGCAAUAAUAGGUGCAACUAUUAAUCCACCUUCACUGUUCUUAGGUAGUCAUUUAGCAACUCAAGAAAGAUUAGCACAUUGCAUUGCAGAAGAAUUUGAAUUAAAUCAAUCCAAUUCCACUGCACUUUCAAUGUCAUCACAUUCAUUAACCAAAUCCUCAAAAAUCAAGACUUAUUUAAACCAUUCAAGUUUUGAUAUAUUAGCAUCUUUUUUAACUUUACCACUGAUUUUGAAUGCAUCAAUCCUGAUCAUCUCAACAACAGUGAAUAAAGGUCAACUACCAAACCUGAUCACAAUGUAUACAAUCUUAGAAGUUAAUCAAGGAAAAGGUUUAAGUUUACUCUACUCAAUCUCUUUACUCUUAUCAGCAUCAGCAGCAAGUUUAACAGCCACUCUUGCAGGUCAAUCUAUUUCUGAUGGAUUAAUGGGUUAUAAACCCAAAGCUUUGAUCAGAAGAAUAUUGACUAGAGGAUUAGGUUCAAUACCUGCAUUUGUUGUGGCAUAUCAUUCUGGUCUUUCAGGUCUUAAUCAAUUACUUAUCAACUCUCAAGCUGCUAUAAGUCUGUUAAUCCCGUAA